GAGGAAACAAAAACAAUCGGCCGGGCGCCGCCAUCUUGGGUCCGUUCUCCACGCCACACAAGUGAAUGGGUAGAUAUGAAAUUACCACAGGGGAGCAGCAGCAGCAGCAGGGUACGGAGGGCUGUUCCGAGCUGCCGGCUGGACUCGGGGGACUCUAGAGACGGCUCCCGCCGCCGCCGCCGCCCAGAGAAAACCCCCGGGCUCGGCCUUUUCUCCUCGCCAACCCCUAAACUGCACUCCUGGAGGGACAAAGUUGGUCUCAGCCGCGCUGCCUCCGCCGCCCGGGAGACGAGAGAGUCGGGUUCGGCAGCGGCUUCCUCGGGGCCGGGAGUGAGCCGGGGUCAGAGUUAGGGGCGAGGGUGACGAGGGGAUUUCUCCCCCCUCCACCCUCUGGCCGGGGCUCGCCUGGUGCGCUGUGUGGGAGGCAGGAGGAGAAGGCAGGAGGAGUCCAGCAGGCUUUUCCUUUCCACCCCUGCUAUUUCUUAUUCCUUUCUCCUAAAAGGAAAAAAAAAAAGAAAAAGAAAAAAGAAAAAAAAAAGGCAAGAACUGGAUCGGGGGGGGGGGUGGGGGGGGAGGACGGGACCGUCUCGGCUCUCCGUUUGAACAGCAGCGGGGCGGGCGGAGGUGCGGCGAGAAAGAAAUGUGUCCGUGAGGAGUUGGAGAGGAGUGUGCAUCCAGCAGAAGAGUCACAAGCCUGCUGCUGCACGGGAGGAAGAAGCCGGCGGGGAAGGCAGCCGCUGCAUCCUCCCCUCUGCCCGCAGUCUCGCUCGCCUCCUCGCUUCCAAAGAAGCUGAAUUCUCCUAGAAGCACGGCAGUCAAGGAAGGAAGGAUUUGCCACAAAGAAUAUAUCACCCUCCUCCCCAGCGGCUGGAUACUGCAUUUUUCUUUUUUUUUUAAUUUUUUUCCCCCCCUCCAGUCGCUCAUCUGUGUUUAAAUACCAAAUAUAGCCUCUUGCGGGGGGGGGGGGGGGGGAGGGGAUGGAAAUCUCUUAGAAGAAUUUGAAAUCUUGCUCGGAUUCGGGAGUGCUGGUGUCGCACGGACCUGGAGAAGGACCGGGAAGAGGAGGGGAGGUGUGCGGCUCUCGCUGACUGGCGGCAGGACUAGAGAUUUGCCACUUUUCGGGAAGCCCGAAGGUUUGUUUGUUACCAAACUGUUGUUUCUCCCCUUUUCCUCUUCUGGGUUACGCUAAAUCCCUCAGCAUUAUUAAAGAAAACCGAAGCGUUGCCCACGUGUAGCUGGUGGCUUGCUUUUUUUAAGGUAGUUUUCAUCAAGAAACUGACAAAGCUUCCUCCCUUCACCCGGAGGCUUUUGAGGUUUGAAACAAAUGGAGCUACUUUUCUCCCAAACACUACAUGUUGUAUGAGGGGAGCUAGGACGAAAACAUCGUGUUUGCUGAUUUCGAUACGACUCCCCGACACUCUGCACCUACGAGGGAUGCUUCACGGAGCUUCAUGUCGAAAAGAUUUGGAGUGUGCUCAGAGACUUCGUCGUGUCCAGCAGCUUAAUUGUUGACUUUUUUUUUUUUAAAGUGGAUUCGUAGCAUACUUUUAUGAAUUAAAUUUUGCCACCAUUUGUACAGAAGCCAAAUGACACGUGUGUUUUGAAACACGGUUCUAAAUAUAUCCAUCCCUCAACCCGGAUUCUCGCUAGAAAGAGCCGGAGGGAGAUCGUCAGUGUCUAAACAGAUCUGAUUUUACUGUUUUAUGAACACUAUCUGCUGCAGAAAUGUUGCUAUAGAUUGCUUUAUAACGGUUCAGCAAGAAGGGAGAUUUUCCAGCUUGCAGGACCCAGGACCCAGGAAACUGGAUACUUAAAGUCACUUAAAUGUUUUAACAGCAUUGGAAAAUGGGAGCUGCUACUAAGUUGGCGUUCGCUGUUUUUCUUAUCUCUUGUUCUUCAGGUGCCAUACUUGGCAGAUCAGAAACACAAGAGUGUAUCUACUACAACGCUAAUUGGGAAAAAGAUAAAACAAAUCGCAGUGGUAUUGAACCUUGUUAUGGUGAUAAAGAUAAAAGACGACAUUGUUUUGCUACAUGGAAGAAUAUUUCUGGAUCAAUUGAAAUUGUGAAGCAAGGUUGCUGGCUAGAUGACAUCAAUUGUUAUGACAGGAAUGAUUGCAUAGAGAAGAAAGACAGCCCUGAAGUGUUUUUCUGUUGUUGUGAAGGCAACAUGUGUAAUGAACGCUUUUUCUAUUUUCCAGAAAUGGAGGUCACGCAACCAACUUCCAACCCUGUUACACCUAAGCCACCUCUGUUCAAUACCUUGCUUUAUUCAUUGGUGCCUAUAAUGGGAAUUGCAGUUAUUGUGCUCUUUUCAUUUUGGAUGUACAGACAUCACAAGCUAGCGUAUCCUCCAGUACUCGUUCCAACCCAACACGCCUUUCAUAUAAUGAUUGAGGAUCCUGGACCACCACCACCUUCACCGUUGAUGGGUUUGAAGCCACUGCAGUUACUAGAGAUCAAAGCUAGGGGAAGAUUUGGUUGUGUAUGGAAAGCUCAACUGCUAAAUGAGUAUGUUGCAGUCAAAAUAUUCCCUAUUCAGGACAAACAGUCAUGGCAGAAUGAAUAUGAAAUUUACAGUUUACCUGGAAUGAAGCAUGACAAUAUCUUGCAGUUCAUUGGUGCAGAGAAACGAGGCACUAGCAUUGAUGUCGAUCUCUGGUUAAUUACAGCAUUUCAUGAAAAGGGUUCAUUAACAGACUUUCUCAAGGCUAACGUGGUUUCUUGGAAUGAGCUGUGUCACAUCGCUCAAACUAUGGCUAGAGGCUUGGCUUAUCUUCACGAGGAUAUACCAGGGCUAAAAGAUGGACAUAAACCUGCCAUCUCACAUAGGGACAUCAAAAGCAAGAAUGUGCUGCUGAAAAAUAAUCUCACAGCUUGUAUUGCUGAUUUCGGUCUAGCUUUAAAGUUUGAGGCUGGAAAGUCUGCAGGGGAUACACAUGGACAGGUUGGUACACGAAGGUAUAUGGCUCCUGAGGUACUAGAAGGUGCUAUAAACUUCCAAAGGGAUGCGUUUUUGAGAAUAGAUAUGUAUGCCAUGGGAUUAGUCCUCUGGGAAUUGGCAUCGCGCUGUACUGCCUCGGAUGGCCCAGUAGAUGAGUACAUGUUGCCAUUUGAAGAAGAAAUUGGCCAGCAUCCCUCCCUUGAAGACAUGCAGGAAGUCGUAGUUCAUAAAAAGAAGAGGCCCGUUUUAAGAGAGUGUUGGCAAAAACAUUCUGGAAUGGCGAUGCUUUGUGAAACGAUAGAGGAGUGCUGGGAUCAUGACGCGGAAGCCAGGUUGUCAGCGGGUUGCGUAGAAGAGCGGAUUAUUCAGAUGCAAAAACUAACUAACAUUAUAACAACAGAGGACAUCGUGACUGUGGUCACGAUGGUGACAAAUGUUGACUUUCCUCCCAAAGAAUCCAGUCUAUGAUAGUUGCACUGGUCACGUGACUGACCACCAGGACUCUUCACUGGAGCUGCUAAAGCUAAGGGGACUGCUUACGUCAUUACUGUUUUCUGUGUGAAAAGAAUGGUAAGUCUCUCUGGAACAUCAUCAAGAGGUGUUUUUCCUUUAUUUCCCCCUUCCUCCUCCCGAACGCGGAUCCACGAGACUUUUGGCAUUCCCUCCUUACACCUGAAGGACGUGGGACUGAGAAAGGGUAACAUGCUGUUAAGGAACUUAAAUGAAGAAUAUGGACCUGUACUGGCUAAUCAAGCGUUUUAAAAACUGACAUCAGAUUUCUUAAUACCUGUCAGAAGAGACUAAUUCCUUAAAUGAACUACUGUUAUUUUUUUUAAAUCAAACAUUUCAUUUCAGAUUUAAAAAAAGGGUAACUUGUUUUUAUUGCAUUUGCUGUUGUUUAUAAAAAUGACUAUUGUAAUGCCAAUAUGACACAGCUUGUGAAUGUUUAGUGUGCUGCUGUUCAGUGUACAUAAACAAAAGUAAUCGAGUGGGAUAUAGCAAAGAGGCUUCCAAGUAUUACUUAACCUCCCUCAACAAGGUAUACCUCAGUUCCACCUCUGCUAAAUUAUGAGAUUGACAACACUAACAAAAUUUGAAUAAUAAAUUGAUCCAUGUUUUGUAAAUGAUGUAUUUCAAAUUCACUGUGUUAUUUAAAAAGGGUAAGCUAUGCUUCAUGCCAACAGUAAAUGGCCAUUCCUAAA